AUGACUUUGAGAAACAACUCCUCUGUGACCAAGUUUAUUCUUGUGGGAUUAUCAGAACCGUCAGAGCUCCAGCUCCCCCUAUUUCUCCUGUUCUUGGGGAUCUACAUGCUCACCAUGGUGGGCAACAUGGGUUUGACCGUCUUAAUUGCACUGAAUUCCAGCCUUCACACCCCAAUGUACUUUUUCCUCUUGAACUUGUCCUUUAUAGAUCUCUGUUAUUCUUGUGUGUUUACUCCCAAAAUGCUGAAUGGUUUUGUAUCAGAAAAUACCAUCUCUUAUGUGGGGUGCAUGGCUCAACUGUUUUUCUUCUGCUUCUUUGUCAACUCCGAGUGUUAUGUGUUGGUCUCGAUGGCCUAUGAUCGCUUUGUGGCCAUCUGCAACCCUUUGCUGUACACAAUCACUAUGUCCUCUCAGCUGUGCUCUUUGCUGAUGCUUGGCUCAUACGUGAUAGGAUUUGCUGGGGCCAUGGCCCACACAGGCAACAUGCUGAGACUGAUCUUCUGUGAUUCUAAUGUCAUUGACCAUUAUCUGUGUGAAGUCCUCCCCCUUUUGAAACUCUCCUGCACCAGCACCUAUGUCAAUGAGCUGGUGUUUUUCAUUGUUGUUGGAGUGGUCAUUACAGUAUCCAGUAUCAGCAUUUUCAUCUCUUAUGCUUUGAUUCUUUCCAACAUCCUCCGGAUUCCUUCUGCUGAGGGCAGAUCCAAAGCCUUCAGCACGUGUGGCUCCCACCUAACUGCUGUUGCUUUGUUUUUUGGGUCAGGAGCGUUUGCCUAUUUAACCACCUCUUUUCCUGGGUCUAUGGUUCAGGGCAAGUUAGCAUCAAUAUUUUACACCAAUGUGGUUCCCAUGCUUAAUCCUUUGAUCUACAGCUUGAGGAAUAAAGAUGUUAAACUUGCCCUGGAUAAAACUUUGAAGAGAGUGCUCUUCUAA